AGCAAGCGGAAAUGACGUGCGAGGGUGCGGAGGAUGCCGGGAGGCAGCCCUUCGCGGAGGGUGGUGGGGCUCUGGGAACUCUCCGACCUCGACACGCCCAGACGGGAUGGAGAGGAGGCAAUCGGGGCUGGAAGAAAGGCGGGUCCGAAGCCGGGGCAGGCCGUGAGGGCCUGUCAAAAAUGGAACCAAACUCUCUGAGGACUAAAGUUCCAGCAUUUUUAUCUGAUUUGGGAAAAGCUACCUUGCGCGGGAUCAGGAAGUGUCCCCGGUGUGGCACAUAUAAUGGAACCCGAGGACUGAGUUGUAAGAACAAAACAUGUGGAACCAUUUUUCGCUAUGGAGCACGAAAGCAACCCAGCAUUGAAGCUGUCAAAAUAAUCACAGGAUCUGAUCUACAUAUCUACUCAGUGCGGCAGAGAGACAGGGGUCCAGAUUACCGAUGUUUUGUGGAGUUGGGUGUUUCAGAGACGACGAUUCAGACAGUGGAUGGUACCAUCAUUAGCCAGCUGAGCUCAGGACGUUGUUAUGUCCCUUCGUGUUUAAAAGCAGCCACUCAAGGUGUUGUUGAAAAUCAGUGUCAGCAUAUCAAGCUGGCCAUAAACUGCCAGGCAGAGGCCACACCUUUGACCUUGAAAAGCUCAGUCUUGAACUCAAUGCAGGCCUCCCCAGAAACCAAACAGACCAUCUGGCAGUUGGCCACAGAACCUACUGGUCCACUGGUACAAAGGAUCACUAAAAACAUUUUGGUAGUGAAAUGCAAGGCCAGUCAGAAGCACAGCUUAGGGUAUUUGCAUGCAUCCUUUGUUCAGAAAAUCAGUGCCAAGAGCAUGACAGAGCGCCGGUUCUUCUGUUCCUGCCAGACUCUGAAAUCAAACAAGUCGAACACCUCCAAGGACGAGCUGGCCCAGAGAUGCAUUCAUUUCUUUGCAUGCAUCUGUGCCUUUGCCAGUGAUGAGACAUUGGCUCAAGAAUUCUCUGACUUUCUCAGUUUUGAUUCCAAUGGUCUUAAAGGGAUUAUUGUGCCCCAGUUAGGUUGUCAUCCAGAAUCUACAGCACAGAUUUGUGAGUCCACUGCUUCUAAGCCAAAGAAGAGAAAAAGGGAUGAAGCAUCUGGUACACAGACUAGUAGUCCACUUUUGGCUCAAGAUGUAGUGAGCAGUAAUCUAAGAAAAAGUAGCUUGAAAAAACCUGCAGUCACCUCUUCAAUAAAAAGGCAGGCCUGUAAUCAGCUGCUAGAUGAAUCACAGGUGACUUUGUCCUUCCAAGAUUGGCUGGCCAGUGUCACAGAACGCAUCCACCAAACCAUGCAUUAUCAAUUUGAUGGUAAACCAGAGCCAUUGGUGUUUCACAUUCCUCAGUCCUUCUUUGAUGCUCUACAACAGAGGAUCUCUGUUGGAAGUGCAAAGAAAAGGCUCCCCAACUCCACCACAGCUUUUGUGCGAAAAGAUGCCUUGCCACUGGGAACCUUCUCUAAAUACACCUGGCACAUCACAAAUAUUCUGCAGGUUAAGCAAAUCUUAGACACCCCUGAGAUGCCCUUGGAAAUCACCCGAAGCUUCAUCCAGAACCGGGAUGGAACUUAUGAGUUAUUUAAGUGCCCCAAAGUGGAAGUAGAGAAUAUAGCAGAAACUUAUGGUCGUUUAGAGAAACAGCCAGUGCUCCGACCUUUGGAACUGAAAACUUUUCUGAAAGUCGAUGAGGAAACUGAGACAUAGAGACCUUAAACUGACCACUCCAAGAUCACAUUGCUAGUAAGUAGCAGAGUUCAGGUCAUAGGUCCUCUGACUACAAAUUCUACAAAAUAUUAGUUACAUUAUAUGAUACUGUCACUCUAUACUUCUUACAUUUCAAUAGAUUUGACAUUUUCAUUGAUGAGAGUUUUCCUUCCAUUGGUACAGAUUAUAACCCAUGUCUGCCUUUUCAUCCUGUAUAAUUUUUGUCUAUAUUUUUACAGAUGAUAACUCAUGUCUGCUUUUUCAUCCUGUAUAAUUUUUGUCCAUAUUUUUACAUAGUUCUUCUGUGGAGGUUCUGACCAUUGUGUUUUCCUUUUCAUUUUGAAUUUCUGGUGGAGUAUAGAUGACUUUGCCUCAUAUAUACCAUUUAAUCAGUUCAACUUUUCUAAGCAUAGCCCUUUAUUUCUGUUUGACAUUGCUAUCAUUUUGGUCCAGGGUCUCAUCACUCUCUUUUCUGGACUAUUACAAUAACCUUCUGUUUUCCUUACCUGCCUCAAGUCUCUCUUUCACCCAGCUAUCAAAAUCAAUCUUCCUAAAGCCCAAGUUUGAUUAUGUGAACCUUCUCUCUAUUCAGUAAAUUUACAAGGCUCUCUAUAACCUAAGAGAUCAAAUAUGAAAUCCUCUGUUAGCCUUUUAAAGCCUUUCGCAAUCAUAACCUUUAUUAUUUUUCUAGUCUUCUUAAAGCUUACUAAAGUUAAGCCAGUAAGCAUUCAAUAGCCACUUACUAUAUACCAGACACUCUCCUGAAUUCUUGGGAUAUGAAGAAAGGCAAAAAACACUUUCUGUUCUCAGAGAACUCACAGAUACUCUGAUCAAGUGACUUUGGCCUCCUUUCUGUUUCAUACACAUGACAUUCCAUGUCCUGCCUCAAGGCAUUUUCACUGGCUGUAUCUUGUGUCUGGAAUGUUCACCUUCUGUAACUCAUCUCUUGGCUUUCUUGACUUUCUUCAAAUUUCAGCUAAAAUCCUAUCUUUUGUAAGAAGACAUAUUAAUGCCUUCCCUCUGAAAUAUUUCCAUUUAGUUGUAUAUAUAGCCUCUUUAUGCAUAUUUAUUUGUCUUCUCGAUUGUGAGUUCCUUGUAUUCAGGAAUUAUUCAUGCUCUUCUUUGUAAUUUCAGUUCUUAUCACAGUACCUGGCAUAGAGUGAGUGCUUAAUUAACAAGUGCUUCUUGACUUGAUAUCUUAUGUAGACAUCUAAGCCAGGUGACCAGUAGAAUUAAUGACUAGCUAUUUUUCUUGAUCCUUAUAACCUUCCAAACCUCUCCAGAAGAGGAAUUAUGUGCAAGGAAUAAAGCAAUUUCAUCUCUCUCUACAGCUUAAGACAUGAAGAAAGCUAACGAGCUAACAAAUGGAGGAGCAAAUAACAACAACAACCAAAAAAAAACCCUAAUCCCUAACCUCUUCAGUCUUUAUUUAGCAUUCCCUCCCUUACCAGUGAUUAUGCUCAGUAAGGUCUGCACAAGCCAACCCAUGAGUUUACAACAGAACUCAGUUCUCCUCUUCCCUUCUCCCUGUGCUAUGGAAAGCCAAAAGACAGAAACUUGGAAGACUGGGACUGCACCAUGGCAGUUCUCUGUGCUUCAACAUUGGUCUGCUAGUAUGUCAGUAAAACAUGUAUUUCUCAGUGUUAAAGUCCAAUAUCCAAGGCAAUUGUAAUUAAAGGAAAAGAGUCAGAAAGUGAACAAUAAGGAAAAAUGACUGAAAUUACUAAAGGGCUCAGGAGGAAUAAAACUCUUAAAGACUUUGAGCAUAAGCAGAUAAAUAAAUAGAUAUAUAAUAUAAUAGGUAUAGGUAUAUAGGUAAAUAAUAAAUAAAUAUAAGUACCAGAAAGCUACAUGAGCUAAACAUAGUGAUACAGCUCUGGAUAAAUAUUGCUUGGCAAAUAAAUCAAUAGUUGAUGAAGCAGAGGACCUCAUAUAUUCUCAAGAGAGCAUAGAAUCACAGCUGGCUAUUCUUGAAUGGUUUAAAAAAAUCAUGAGAGCAGAAUUUGUAGCCUACACAGAAGAAAUAAUGGGCAAAAUAGAAAAAAAACAUAAAUCAGUAGUGGCAAAUAAAAGAAAACAAAGAUUGAGAAUGUAAAUUAUAAAGUGAAGGAUACUCUGAAAAAGAGAAGCAAAAAACAAUAAUACUAAAAGCAAACAUGAUUUAUAGACUGAUUUUAAAGAUGGACUAUGUAGAGAUAGCUGAAGAAUUAUGUAUAUCUUCCAGAAGAGCAUGACAAGUCAAAAAAUUCAAACUGCACAGUGGAAGAAAAUAAUACAAGAAAAUUGUCCAGAACUUCUGAACACAGAAAAUAAAGUGCCGAUUCAGAGAAUCUAUAGAUUGCUUUCAGAAACAAAACAAAAUAAAACCAAAACCAAAAAAUCCAAUUGUGAAAACUCCAGGAUAUAUAAAGGUUAAAUUAAACAAUUCUAUUUAGAGAUAAAUUCUGCAAACCAUUAGACAUUAUCUUAAAUGAUUUAUUAAAUGUAGGUUAUUAAAUAUAGUUGGAAAUAUGCUUCAGCUUAUGUGUCUAUCUUACAUCUCUCUCCAUU